AUGUCUGAUGACUCGGGCACCUCGGACGUCGAGCACGCAGACAUCGAGUGCUUCGCGGCGCUGCCCAACGACACAGCCCAAGCCACCGGGUUGACGGAGAAUGCCGUGCGGAAGACUAUCAGAGACAACCAAGACACAGCCGACGUGCUGAAGUACAUACGUUUCACAAAUGUCCCACCAGCCGUUGCCGACAAGUUUUCUCGAUGCAAUACCCGGCAGAUGUUCAGUCCCAGUACUCGAUACAUGAUCAUCAAGCUCCUAACUGGGGCCCAUGAAACAGCUGCCAGUGGCCUGGGUGGUGCAAUGCAACAUGAGAUGUACAACAUGGGGCUCGGAAAGGCAAUUCGCCCUUUAGGGUCCAAAACCAUCCAUGGCGUAUUUUGCAGAAAGGAGGCCGACGCGACGUAUGGCCCCGCACAACCUGUUCCAGGUCGCAGUCCCAAAUGGCCGACCGUUGUGGUGGAAGUGGGGGCGUCCGAGUCAUAUCGAAAGCUGCGGGCGGAUGCGGAUUGGUGGCUAACAAAUUCAAGGGGAGAUGUGAAGCUUGUAGUUCUCGUGUCCAUUAGCAGAACCACCCCCAAAUCCAAUGUCAGGUUUGAGACUGUUGCUUUGAACGCGACCGUCGACUCCUUGCGACUGCAGCGGCCCCGGUACGCCCCAUACAUACGGCAGACCAUUACAGCAUCCCACAACGCAAACGAACCAAACUCACAGAUUUCCAUCAGGCCCUCAGUACCUCUGACCAUUCCGUUUGAGGAAUUGUUGUGUCGUCCACCAGUCCCGCCUGAAGGCGACAUUCAAAUAUCACCGCAUAGAUUGGAAGAAAUCUCAGAACACGUGUGGGCGGAGCAAGGGUUGUAG